AUGGGAGGCGAGGUCACUAAAAGCAGUAAGAGAGAGGGAGCAGCUGCUCAGCGUCGAUUCAGUCAUGGGUUCCUCUCCAACGUGGGCGUCUCCAUCGCUCACAGACUCGGACACUCGGCUGUGUUUUCUCGGCCCGUGGAAGUGGACGACAGACCGCCCGUCUCCAAACUCCUGCUGCCUCCGGAGGACGCUGCUGAGAAAAGCCCUCCAGCUUUCAUCUCUGUCUUUCUGCCCGAGUUCCCACUCCGUAAAUUUCCUGCACGAGAACAUUUCCAGAUUCUGGGAUUCAUAGCUAAAGGCUCAUUUGGACCCAUCCUGAAAGUCAAGGAUGUUUGUAAAGAGAAGAUCUAUGCAGUUAAGGUUCUACCAAAGUCGGACAUCUUGAAGCAGGGUGUGCUGGAGCAGUCGAAGGAGGAGGUCAUCAUCCAGCGGCAGCUCAAACACCCAUUUAUCCACAAUCUGCAGGACUGCUGGCAGACGCAGCGCCAUCUCUUCAUUAUGUGCGAUUACUGCAGCACGGGAGACUUGUACACUUGUUGGCUACUGAAGGGUCAGUUUAGGGAGGAAGAAGUUCGGCUGUUUGCUGCAGAGAUGGGCAGCGCACUCGGAUUCUUACAUGACUUAGGCAUCAUGCAUAGGGACAUAAAGAUGGAGAACAUUCUUCUAAGCGAUCAAGGUCACCUCCUUUUGUCUGAUUUUGGACUCUCGCGCCGCCUGAAGCGAGGAGGACGAGCGUUUACGAUAUGUGGGACGAUCCAAUACAUGGCUCCUGAAGUUUUGGGCGGGGGUCCAUACAGCCAUGCUGCUGACUGGUGGUCUCUUGGCAUUAUGUUGUUCUCACUAGUAGCAGGAGAGUUUCCGUUAGCUCCGGAGUCAGACCACAGCAGCAUGUUGGAGAAGGUCAGAGAUUUUCCUUUUGUCCUGCCGAAGACCCUCAGCUCAGCUCUGAACCUACUGCUCACUGAGCUUCUGUGCAAGAACCCGCUGAGCCGCCUUCGUAACCUGGACUGUUUCGAGAUGCAACCCUUCUUCCGCGGCUCGUCGUUCGACUCGUACAUCCUCCAGAAGACGCCUGUUGACUUCAUCCUGGAGCUCAGGACUCAUCCUGACUGGGAAGCCAGAUCAGCGAGAGGCCUUUCACUGGACAGCUUUGAAAACUUUGACUGCGAUCAAAUCCUUCACUCGCCCUCGACUCCCACUGAGCUGUCUCCGACUUUAACCAACGUGGGCCUGAGCUCAGCUGCAGAGCAGACUUGUAAAGCUUAA